AUGGCUUUCUCCAUUUCUUCUAAAACACUGUUCCUUCAUCUCUUAAUCUGGUGUUCCACUCUCAUAUGUCUCUCUUCAGGAUUCCCCACUGAAGAAUCCGUUCUCCCUUCAAAAGGAGAACAAGAGUUUGGAAUAUUCCGACAAUGGAUGAAGGAGUAUAGGAAAAAAUACCCAAACUCUGAAACCGCCGAAACCAGAUACCAGAUAUUCCGUAGGAAUCUCAAGUAUAUCGAAGAGACAAAUGCCAAGAGAUCUAGGUAUCAUUUGGGACUCAACCAUUUCGUUAAUAUGAGUUCUGAGGAGUUUAAGAGCGUAUACCUCUGUCAUCUACCGACACCGAACACGAACAACUCUGCCGCCACGAGGUCCGAUUUUGUACUGCAACUGGACUCCCGUAGACCUCCUGCUUCUGUGGAUUGGAGACAAAAAGGAGUGGUGACUCCAGUUAAGACCCAAAAGAGAUGUGGAAGUUGCCGGGCGUUUGGAACCAUCAGAGCUAUUGAGUCAAUAAACGCAAUACGCACAGGGGAACUUGUUUCUCUCUCAGAACAAGAACUCGUAGAUUGCGACUCUGUAAGCGAUGGUUGUUCAGGUGGAUACACCAAAAGUUCCUUUGAAUGGGUUAUAAAAAAUGGUGGAAUUAGUGAAGGAGAUGAUUAUCCUUAUAUAGCUCGAAAUGGCAUUUGCAAAGCUAGCAAGGAAACAAAGCCUGAAGAGAGUAAAGAAUGGAGAAAAGCUGAAAAGAAGUCAUCCGCUGCGGCCUCUGGGAUAAAAUGCCACGGCGAAUCAAACAGAAGGGGAGGAGUGCGCCUCUGUGAAAUCCGUCGCGGUGCCUUGCUGAAUCCGCCGCGGUGCCCAAGCUAUCUCGAAGAAAACCUGUUCGGUAAAAUCUGCUGCGGCCGAUUGUCACGUGCGCCGCGGCGCCUGAGCCUCAAAGUCAUUCUGUAA